AUGCCUCCUCGACGCACACAUACAAAGUCUCGGAAUGGGUGCGCGAAAUGCAAGAAGAGAAGAGUCAAGUGCGAUGAGGUCCACCCUGCCUGCGGGAACUGUAUUAAGCACGCUAUUGAAUGCGACUUCAGCAAUGGUGGAGGGAGUAGUGUCAAUGAUAGCAGUGCCAGCGACAUUGACGCCAGUACUCCCGGCAGCACGAUAACCCUCCCGAAUGUCAACAACACAGGCAACAGCAGUUUACUCUCACCACCAGCCUCGACUCCAGAUAGUUAUAUCGGGUCCCCUCCCUCCGGGACGGCGGUUCGAACCUCCCUCCCUGAUAUCUUCCUUCCGCCACUCCAGAACCAGCAGCAUCAGCACCUGAUCCCCCUCACCGGCCCUCACCUCGGCUUCACGUUCUCAUGGACCACGACGGAUUUAGAACUGAUGUACCACUACUCCAGGGUGGCCCCAUCCUUCCUGUCGAGCUCACAGAAUCUCAUGGACAUGUGGACCCAUGAUGUCCCCCGCAUUGCCUUCGCCGAUAAGAGCGGGUGCACCAUUCACGCAAUGCUCGCCGUCUCCUCCCUCCACCUAGCGUUACUCGAGCCCCACAACCGCACCUCCCGUCUCAUCACUGCUACAGCACACUAUGACCAAGCCGUGCGCACAAUGGGUGCCAUGGUCCCUCAUAUAUGCAAAGAUAGCUGUGAGGCCCUCUUUAUCUCCUCGUCGCUGAUCGUCGUCUUCGCGACCGCGUCUCCGCUAAUACCCGGGAAUUCGAUGGAAAACGAUCCCUGGAACAUCCCAGAAUGGAUCCCGCUUAUCCGCGGUGUCCACAGCAUUCUCCAUGAGGUGUGGGACUGGGUAGAAUCUGGCUGUCUCGGCCAAAUGCUGAAAGUACAAUUCUAUGAGAGGACUGGGAUCUCGAGUGAUGAAACUGAGGCGCUUAAUGCGCUGUAUAGACUGUGUACGGACACGACGGAGUCAGACGCUGACGAGAUUAAGGACACGGAGGUGUCGUCCACGUAUUUUGGCGCGAUCCAUAAGCUGCGCAAGAGCUUUGUGAGCUGCACCGAUCCGGACAUGCAGUUCAAUACGACAUCGUUGAUCUUCCAGUGGCCCAUCUGCGUGAGCGACAAGUAUGUGUUGCUGCUGAAGGAGCGGCGACCACGGGCACUGAUAAUUUUUGCAUAUUACUGCGUGCUGCUCAAGCGGAUGGAGGUAGCUUGGUGGGUGGGUGGGCGGGCAGAGUAUGAGCUGGGGAGAAUCGAAAGGAGUAUUAGGGAUCUGGAGAAAUGGAAGAAGUGGCUUGAAUGGCCGGUGAAGAUGGUGAGAGGGGGAACGCAAAUCGAGCCUUUGGACGAGGCCAGGUCAACGACGGCAGCUGCCUCUACUGCUGCUUCUGCUGAUUCUGCUGCUUCCGGCGCUGCUGAUGUGUCGAUAUGA